AUGGCCGAGGCUCCCGUGUGGAUCAUCUGUAGAGAGGAGAGACGGACAUCACAGGGGUCAGGGGUCAGGGUGGCGAAUCGGCGAUUUUGGGUGGGACUGGGGGAGGGGGGCCAGCGGGACCGGCUGCAAGACGUGGGCGGAGCCUCGGAGCUGGCCUUCCUGCUGGAGCCCAGUGAUGUCAUCGCGGUGCGGGACCGCCCCCUGCUGCUGGACUGCCGGGUGGCGGGGGAGGAGCCCAUCUCCGUCACGUGGCGCAAGAACGGCGUCGCCGUGCCGACGGGGCAGCGGGCGACGGUGCUGGCCAAUGGCACGCUGCGGAUCCAGAGCUUCCAGAAGCGACGGGGGGACGGAGACGAGGCGGACGCCGAGUACGACUGCGCCGCCCAGAACCGCUACGGCCUGCUGGUCAGCCGCAAGGCCCGGGUCCAGCUCGCCUCUCUCCCUAAGUUCCACACACACCCAGACUCCAUGUCGGUGGAUGAAGGGGGCGUGGCACGCUUCCAGUGCCAGGUGAAUGGAGUCCCAGAGGCCACCAUCAUCUGGGAGAGAGACCGAGUUCCCCUGAGCCAAAGGGACACCAGGUACACGCUCCUCCCUGCAGGUAUCCUCCAGAUCACAGGUGUAAAGCGGGGCGAUGCGGGGCAGUACCGCUGCAUGGCCUCCAACAUGGCCAACGUCCGCUACAGUCACGAGGCCCAGUUCAACGUCACCGGCGGGGCCCCCAGGAUCUUUAAGGAGCCCGUCAUCCUCUCGGGCCCCCAGAACCUGACCAUCACGGUGCACCAGACCGCCAUCUUGGAGUGCAUCGCCACGGGCAACCCUCGGCCAAUCGUGUCCUGGAGCAGGCUGGACGGCCGCUCCAUUGGAGUGGAGGGGGUGCAGGUGCUGGGCACGGGGAACCUGAUGAUCUCAGACGUGUCGCUGCAGCACUCUGGCGUGUACGUCUGCGCCGCCAACCGCCCCGGGACCAGGAUGAGGCGCACAGCGCUGGGCCGGCUGGUGGUGCAAGCCCCGCCUGAGUUCCUGCAGUGGCCGCAGUCUGUCUCCAAGCCAGCAGGGGGCAGUGCAGUGUUCACCUGCGUGGCGCAGGGAGUCCCAGAGCCACACCUGAUCUGGCUGAAGAACGGCAAGGUCCUGAUCCCGGGCGACAACGUGAAACUCACCAACAACAACAGCACCCUGGCGGUGACGCGUAUCACCUCCGAGGACGAGGCCAUUUACCAGUGCAUCGCGGAGAACACCGCCGGGACGAACCAGGCCAGCGCUCGCCUGGCGGUCUCCUUGGCCAAGGACCUCCCCGACGCGCCGCGGAACCUGAAGGCCGUGCCGCUGUCCUCCACCGCCCUCCAGCUCACCUGGGUGCAGCCGCCCGCCGAGGUCACAGACGGCAUCAUCGGAUACGUGCUCCACAUCCGCAAGCUAGGCGAGCCGGACAGCAAGGAGCUGCAGGAAGCCGUCAGCAAGACGACCUUCCAGCACGAUUUCGCCACCCUGGAGCCGGCCACCACUUACUCCAUCUACCUCAAAGCCUAUUCCCCGCUCGGAGCCAGCCAGCAGUCCAAUACCGUCGUCACCACGACGCUAGGGGGCGUCCCCGCUGCCCCCAGUUUCUUCUCCAAGGUGCUGAACUCCACGGCCGUGCAGGUGUACUGGGAGCUCCCGGGGAAGGCUGGGAAGGUGGAGGGCUUCAAACUGUCCUUCCGGAAGGUUCCACAGGCCGACCUGCAGGGCCCCUACCUGCUGCCCGGCCACGUCAACACACACACCAUCGCCCGGCUGGAACCCGGUGCCGUGUACGAGAUCCAGCUCCUGGGCUACAAUGGGAACGGGGAUGGGAACUGCUCCAAGCGGCUGCUCUCAUUGGCCGAGGACGGCACCAGCGCCAAGACCAGCAGCGACGGAGACGGCCCCUGUAACUGUCGGCAGGAGGGAGAGGGCUCCAUGGCGGGGAUUGUGGUGGGCAUCCACAUCGGCAUGGCCUGCAUCAUCUUCUGCGUGCUCUUCCUCAUGUUCGGCUACCGCCGCAGCUUCUUCUGCAGGAAGGGGACCCAGGACAGCUGGGCUGUCCCGCAGGGAGACGAGGGGGGGCCCCUGGACCAGAGGAACGGACUUUCGAAAGAGGUCGUGGCCCGCCCACCCGAAGCCAUCGAAGUAGUGCCUCAGGGAGUGGGGGGGAAGCAGUGCCAGGUGCUCAUUGAGCAGCACCCCUCCAGCCUGCCAGGAGCGGGCACCGGCUAA